CCUGCUUCAAGGAAAGUAUGUGGGUUCACAUCCCAUACAAGUACAAAUGCAUGCCACAAGUGUAAGCGUCAAUUUUCAAGGUUGGCUGGAACGAGUUCUGUUGAUUAUUCUGGAUUUGAUUUCUCAAAGUGGCUCCUUCGCACUAAGAAUGACAAUCGUAAGAAUGCAGAGAUCUGGAGAAAUGCAACCAAACCAACUGAGAGACAGCGUCUGGAAGUUGCACAUGGUGUUCGCUGGUCCAAACUGCAUCAUCUUCAGUACUUUGACAUUGUCCGCUGCACGAUCAUUGAUCCCAUGCACAAUCUUUUCUUAGGCACUGCCAAA